AUGUCGGAAAUCGAACCGCAAACAUCUUUGGAUUAUUUUAAAAGAAAAUUUUUACAGAAACUCCGAAAAGAUAUACGUGAUAAAAUGACACUUGGUUUAACAUCUAAUUUAUCUGAUCUUGUUCACAAAGCAAUCGAAAUUGAAUCGAAUAUUGUUCGACAAAAAAUUGACGACAAACUUCGUGAUGCACAUAAAGAAGACAACAUUAAUAAAAAGCCUACAACUAUUAAUAACAUGUCAAAUACUUUUCAGCAAAAUUCAUCAUAUUCGACAACUUGCAAUGAGCAAAUGUCAAACGAUAAUUAUCAUAAUAAUUUUAGCAUCACAAGUAACAAACAUAACCAAAAUCAUCCGGCCA